CAAUAUGCCAAAAAUUAAAUGCGUCGAGCAAAGCGUUAUUUAUUUUAUCGGGCAGUAUUCAGACAAGCCCCGCCUCCCACGGCAGUAUUGGCUAGUGUGAGCUCCUCACCGCCAGCGCCGGCCUGUGAUUGGACAGUUAAGAAGUCAAUCACAUAGCUGUAGCAGCUCCGGCAGACAGUGACGAGAGGGCGGGACUUGACGGAAAACUGGUGUGAAGAAAAAAUAAGUCGUGCCGGACCCCUGAUUACUCAUUCCGUCCAGGUACAGCGGAAGUCAACCGACCUCGGUGCUCCGCUCCCGCUGCUCUUGUGUGCGUGCGCCAGAUUCAUUUCGAGCAGCGUUAUCGCGCCUCUCGCGGCAGCCGCGUCUGUGCCUCACAGGGAAUUAAAGAGGAGUGGGGAUGCGUAUUAAAUGAGCGCUCUUGUGUUUCAGUUCACUCGCGAGGGGAAAUGAUGCAUUGAGGACGGGCUGCUCUGCGGGCGUUUUAUCUUCCGAGCUCCGUUACACGUUCCAAGAACGGCGAAGCAUCUCAAUGGCUACUCUUCUGCGAAAAAUCGGGCUCAUUCGCCUGCACGACCGAGACACGGAGGACCCGAAGCAUCACCACCAGGGCUCACUGAAAGGCACUAAAGGCAACCAGAAGAACAGCAACACGAAGCACUGCAACACCAGCAACGAGACCAACAACAUCCUCAGCACGCCCGAAAUCAAAGCCAGGCGCUUCGACGUGUCCGGCAAGGACAAGCCCGCCGUCAAACCGGACAAACCGAGCAAGGACGCGAAAGAGAAGGAGCAGACGGGAGGCGGCAAAGCGCCGAGCGGCUCCGUGAUGCCCCCGCCGGCGGCGAACCGGCAGCACUGCACCCAGGUGCGGACGCGGAGGCUGAUGAAGGAGCUGCAGGAGAUCCGGCGGCUCGGCGACAGCUUCAUCACGGUGGAGCUGGCGGACGAUAACCUCUUCGACUGGAAUGUCAAGCUGCACCAGGUGGACAAGGACUCCGCGCUGCUGUGGCAGGACAUGAAGGAGACCAACACCGAGUACAUACUGCUGAAUGUCACCUUCCCCGACAAUUUCCCCUUCUCCCCGCCGUUCAUGCGCGUCCUGACGCCGCGGCUGGAGAACGGAUACGUCCUAGACGGCGGCGCGAUCUGCAUGGAGUUAUUAACGCCCCGCGGCUGGUCGAGCGCGUACACGGUCGAGGCCGUGAUGAGGCAGUUCGCUGCCAGUCUGGUCAAAGGACAGGGUCGUAUCUGCAGGAAAGCAGGCAAGUCUAAGAAGUCUUUUAGUCGCAAGGAAGCCGAGGCAACCUUCAAGAGCCUUGUCAAGACCCACGAGAAGUAUGGCUGGGUGUCCCCUCCCGUGUCCGACGGCUGAUGUCAGCAUCUUCAACGGCGAUCCCGACAUGGCUUUUUUCAGUUGGGUUUUCUUCUUUUUCAUCAUCAAACUUAACUACGAAAAAAACAAGCUAGCGCAUCAUAUCGUAAAACACAUAAACGUGGCACAUUCACCUUCACUCAGUCCUUCACUCUUCUUCAUCGAGGUGCCAUGGACCGAACACUCGCUGCAACAUCACAAUUACUCACGAGUGUGCAUCACUGCAGCUACAUACAGCUGUGGACUCUGGAUACGAUUGAGGCUCCAAGCAAAGUUAAAUGUGCACCAUCUCCACUCUAUAUCCUUGUCUAUCUGUCUGUGUGGCCUCUGUUUUUUUCCUCCAUCCAUCCCUCUUUCCUUUUAUAACUGACAAUGCAUUGCACUGAACAGCAUCAGACUUGCCCCCAUUUACAUGCAAAUGACUCAAUAGAUGACUCAAUAGAUAAGCAGAUCAUUACACUACAUUUGAGGUUCAGUUUCUCUGGUUUCCUCCUCCAUUGGCUGUGCUGUUUUUCACGGUUGGAUGCAACAUGAUGAUUGUAAUUAUGUAGAGCUGUGCUUUUUCUAUUUCUGCGUUCACGUGGCAAAAUGUAGACAUCACUGUGUUGCGUAGAUGGUCAUUGAUUUCCAAUGGAGAAAAAAAAAUACUCUAGGGCUUUGUUCAGACAGGCAGCGAAUAUCUGAUUCUUUUUUGCCACAUCCGACUCAAAUUCAAUUGUCAACUCAAAGUCUGAACAGAAAUAAAACCGCAUUUUGUUCAUGUCCAUAUGUGGUUUGGAAUCCAAAAAUUUAACAUCCGAAUCAAUCGUUUUAGCUAAUUUUUCCUCAACUGUUUGAUUCUCACUGUGUCGGAUGGUGAACAAGUGCAUGAGUCAGCAGUUGUGGACACAGUAUAUGCAUAAAAAUGCCUCUUGUGAAUCCAGCACUGUUACGAGAUGCCAUGACAGACAGUGAGCAGAGGCAAAAUUCCCAGUUUUCCGUCCUCUCUUUCCACACUGACAGCUGCUCUCGGUUGUUUUAUGAGAAAGUCUGGCAUCGUGCUGACGCUUACAUCUCUACUAUGUCAACUGAAGUAGAUGCAUCGGAUAUCGACUACACAGUCUGAACAAACACACCACUUACAAAACGUAUUGAUAUGCAGUGUGUGAACAAAGCCUUCAUUGCUUACGCAAAGGUCUAAGAUUAAAAAAAAAAAUGUGACCCACCUCUGUUGGUCAUUCUAUUAUUUGUUUUUGGAGAAGACCAAAAGCUCUUAAUUCUGAUGAUUUAGACACCAGAUGGCAUUAACGAAUGUCAGCGUCCCAAUGGGAUCUUAGUUUUUGCAAGAGAGAGGCAUGUGACAGACAUGGUGAUGUUUGCACACGAGAUGUUGAGCGUUUGUCCCCAUGGAGCACUGAACGACAAGACAAUGAACGACAGGAUAGUACCUUAACUUGGCACCUUCACAUGCAGAUGCCCCAAACACGAUCAAACGUUAAUUGUGCUGAUUCGCUUACUACUAUUUUGACUCAUAAAUCAAUACGCUCAUGGUUGUGGGCCUGAUUCCUCCACCUUGCACUGACUCUGCAUCACUGUGCUGAUCAAUACUAGACUAGAACAACAGGACAAAAUGGCCCAGGAAAUAAGUAAACGACUGUAAACGUUGCUCUCGAAUUGCAUAAAUCAAAGUGCAAGCUCUGUUAUGGACUCUGGUAGCUGGUGCCGCCACUGUUGACGAGAGCCAGAUGAAGAAGUACAGAGGUGGGGAGAGAGAGAGAGAGAGAUGCUGAGGGGGCGACUCCUUUGUUCUGAAACCUUGAGGAAUGAGGGCGUCUCGUUUAGUUACCUGAUUGAUGCUCCGAGAGAGCCGCAGCUCGACGCCUUGAUGUUUAUUGACUUCUCCUUCAAAUGUCAGUGUGAAUCCGGAAAGCCUCAGACUGCAUCUUGUGAGCGAUGAGAUGUAGAAGAGCUCUGUUUAUUUUAGACCCCACCCGACCCAUGGCGCUCUCCACAUGGUGUGUGAAAUACAAAUGACACGAUAGCCCAAAAGGCUUCAUUGACACAUUAGGCGUUUUAAAGGAAUAAUUCACCAAAAUUCUGUCAUUUUCUUACAUAUUUGGCGUAUUAUCUUUGGUGAAACACAAAUAGAAAACGCUGAGGUGUGUACUAGAUGCUGUUUUCCAUAAUAUUGUUGAUCUUAAAAACAGUCUUCUGAAGACGUACAACAAGGAAAGACUAAAAAUUAAGAAAACUUUAAUUGAGUGGAUUCAAAUAGGGUGCAUUUAAACUCCACAAGUGAUAUUUGAUGUCUGUGGCAUUUUGAUGUCAUUGACAUGAUCGGUCCUUGUUGAUUUUGAAGUAUGAAUAUGUGGAAAUGUAAAUAAGAGCUACGGUGAAGAGGAAGAUAAUACAAGAUCCCACUUUUUUACGGGAUUUUGUUGGCCACUCGAUGUUAUCAUCAGAAGUGUAUAAUAAUGUGCAUGUGACACUUGACCAACAUUAUGAUACUUUUAUGGUGCAUUUUUUGUCAUUUUGGAGCUUGACAAAAUCAGUCUCUAUCAGCUUUAAUUAUAUGGAAAAGAGCAGCAAUUACAGUCUUCAGAAUAUCUCCUUUUUUGUUUUAUAGAAAAAUGUCAGUCAUACAUGUUUGGGUGCAAAAACUAUGACAGAGGUUUCAUUUCUGAGUGAAUUAUUUCCUAAAAAUGAUGCUUCAAGGUGGGAAAAAUCCGAUUUCCUUGUUGUGAGAAUGCGUUUCAUAUGAUAUUUUGAGGAUAUUCUUCUCCAGACAUGGAAACAGCAUGUGCCAAAAGCUUAAUGUACAUUGUCACCAUAUCCUUGUGUGUAACUGCUGUGCUGUCAGUAGAAAGACUCUCUGCUGUCACUGACGAUUUGAAAUGUCACAUGAGAAGCUGCUAAUUAAUAUGGCAUUUGAACAACAACAACAAAAAAAAAAAAAAUGAUGAAGACACUGAUGUAUAAAUGAUAAAACCAGAAAUGUUGAUGCCCUGAAGGCGGAUAGAGGGGAAACAACACUCUUAACCCCUUAUUGAUAUUUAUUUCUGUCUAGUAGCUUUUUGUGUUAUUGAUAUUAAGGUUAUCCAGUACAAUGAAUGGUGAAUGUGCAGUGCUUUGAAAGGCAAUCCAGUGGCAAGCACUACAUUUUGCUGUAUACCGUGAUCAUUUAAUCCUGGUCAUCCAAAUGAAAUACACAUUGAUCACUGGAGAACCUGUAAUUCAUGUUCGUAUCACUGCAGCCAUUGUAAAAUUAUUGCAGAUUUCUGUGUCUGGUCGCAGAUGGUAUCUCUCAUCACGACUGAAGUGCAUUUGGUCUUCUCCAGACUCUGUUUGGACAUUAUUAAAAAGUGGUCUUGUGUUUUCCUAUUUAGCGAGAGGAGAUACUAUUCCAAGGAGUUAUUAUUAUAACCAGUCAAAAAUAUCGCGAAAUUGGAUGUUUUCCGGUUUAAAGCAUAAUUUUGUGAUAUAGUUUAGAUCAGUAGUUUGCAGAAACUAACUAACAGAGUUAAUCGUCCAAACGAGUGAGAUGAUUCUGUUGUAUUAUAUCUGCAUGUGGUCUGUGAUUGUUAGCUAGCUAACUUGUUUUCUUUUC